UUACGGUUUUUAAUUCUGUGCAUGGCCUUUAUCCCUUCUUGUGUUCUUGGGUUCUCAUCACAUGGUUUACCUACUUCAUCGUUUAAUGAAUCAUUCAUUAGUUUAUUUGGGAAUGAUCAUGUGAUUUUUCUUGACGAUGAACGAAAAUCAGUUCAAAUUUCCCUUGAUCAAAGUUCAGGUUCUGGUUUUGCGUCACAACUCACGUAUCUCUAUUCAUAUUUCAGUGCUUCCAUCAAAUUACCAGGAAAUUACACCGCUGGAGUUGUUGUCUCUUACUACACAUCAAAUGCUGAUGAGUACACAACUAAUCACGAUGAGAUUGAUUUCGAGUUCUUGGGAAAUACUGGAGGCAAACCUUGGACCCUCCAGACCAAUUUCUAUGGCAAUGGAAGUACAGGUAGGGGACGUGAAGAGAGGUACACUCUUUGGUUUGAUCCCACUCAAGAUUUCCAUUCGUAUAGUAUUCUUUGGACCAGUACAUGGAUCGUUUACUACGUGGAUGAUGUUCCUGUUAGAGUGGUUCAAAAGAUUGAUGCCAUGGGUGGAGAUUUUCCCUCUAAGGCUAUGACUUUAUUUGCUACAAUAUGGGAUGGAUCUAACUGGGCAACAGGUGGAGGCCAAAACAAGGUUGAUUAUAAAUAUGCUCCUUUCAUCGCUAAAUAUUCCAGUUUUGUGCUGUAUGGAUGCUCAGCCAACCCAGCCCGAGAAGAGUCAGCUGCUGAAAUGUGUGGUAAUGCCGCAGAUUUGAAUUCUUUCAAUGGUUUGACAACUGAGAGCAAGGGGAAAAUGGAGAAAUUUAGGAUUGAACAUUUGAUUUAUUCUUAUUGCGAUGAUCGUUCUCGAUAUCCAACUCCAUUGCCUGAGUGCAAUUUAAGAGGAAAAUCUAGCUGAUCAAUAUAUCGACCAUGAAUGUUUAAUAUUUAUAAUUAAUUACGAACGAGAAUGAUGAUUGAUUUUUUUAGCAAUUAAUUAAUUA